AUGGUUUUGCAGAAUCUCGGACGCCGCAUCAAUGCCGCCGUCAACGACCUCACCAGGGCUGCCACUCUGGACGAGAAGGCCUUCGAGGCCAUGAUCAAGGAGAUCUGCAACGCCCUUGUAGAGUCAGAUGUCAACAUCAAGCUGGUCGCUGGUCUGAGAAACUCCAUCAAGAAGUCGGUCAACUUCAACGAGCUCGCGCCUGGUGUGAACAAGAAGCGCAUCAUCCAGAAGGCCGUCUUUGAUGAGCUCGUCAAACUCGUCGACCCCCACACCCCGGCCUACCAACCCAAGAAGGGCAAGUCCAACGUUAUCAUGUUUGUCGGUCUCCAGGGUGCUGGUAAGACCACCACUUGUACCAAGCUCGCCCGCUGGUACCAGGCAAGAGGCUUCAAGACUGCCCUGGUUUGCGCCGAUACCUUCCGUGCCGGUGCCUUCGACCAGCUUAAGCAGAAUGCUACCAAGGCAAAGAUCCCCUACUACGGUAGUCUGACCCAGACUGAUCCCGUCAUUGUCGCAAGAGAGGGUGUCGACAAGUUUAAAAAGGAAAAGUUCGAGAUCAUCAUUGUCGAUACCUCGGGUCGUCACAGACAGGAGCAGGAUUUGUUUGACGAGAUGGUCCAGAUUCAGAAGGCUGUCUCGCCUCACCAGACCAUUAUGGUCCUCGAUUCUUCCAUCGGUCAGGCUGCCGAGGCUCAGUCUAGAGCCUUCAAGGAGACUGCAGACUACGGUGCCAUCAUCAUCACAAAGACUGAUGGUGCUGCCGCUGGUGGUGGUGCCAUUUCUGCCGUCGCUGCUUCACACACUCCCAUCGUCUUCAUCGGUACCGGAGAACAUUUGCUCGAUCUCGAGCGCUUCAACCCCGAAUCCUUUGUCUCCAAGCUGCUGGGCAUGGGCGACAUGGCCGGUCUAGUCGAGCACGUCCAAAGUUUGAAGCUUGACCAAAAGGAUACGAUGAAGCACAUCGCCGAAGGCCAAUUCACCAUUCGCGACCUCCGCGAUCAAUUCAACAACAUCAUGAAAAUGGGCCCUCUGUCCAAGAUGGCAGGCAUGAUCCCCGGCCUCAGCGGCCUCAUGGGUCAAAUGGACGACGACGAAGGCUCCAUGAAGCUCAAACGUAUGAUCUACAUCUGCGACUCCAUGACCACCAAAGAACUGGACUCUGACGGCAAAAUCUUUGUCGAUCAGCCCUCGCGCAUGACGCGUGUUGCAAAAGGCAGCGGCACCUCUGUCCGCGAAGUCGAGGAAUUGCUGUCGCAGCAAAAGGUCAUGGGUGGUAUGGCCAAGAAGUUCAAGGGCGGCAUGCAGAAUAUGCAAAAGGCCCAGGGCGCUAUGGGUGGAAAGAACAACCAGCAGCAGAUGAACGCCAUGCAGAAGCGUUUGCAGUCCAUGGGUGGAGGCAGAGGCGGUGGCGCCGCUGGAGGCGGCGGUAUGCCUGGUAUGCCUAACCUCGGCGGUAUGGAUAUUGGCGCCAUGAUGCGCAGUAUGGGCAUGGGAGGCGGUGCCCCUGGCGGUGGCGCUGGUGGCGGUAUGCCCAACCUUGGCGGUAUGGACAUGAAUGCCAUGAUGAAGAUGAUGGGCGGCAUGGGUGGAAUGGGCGGUGCCGGCGCUGGCGGUGCCGGACGCGGUGGCAGAAGAUAG